AGAACUAUUUAUCAAAAUAAAAUUUAGAAAAUGCAGCAAGACGAUGUCCAGGAGAAAGCCCAGCAGCUGCAAAACUUUCAAUCAGAUGACUUGUUGGAAAAACUAAAGUUGCUCAACUACGAGAAGCAUUUGCUAAAGGAAUUCAAGCUGAAGCCUUUGUCGCGUUUCUAUUUCGUAAAGGCCACAAAUCCCGGCGAGCAGUUCUAUAUGUUUACCUUAAUAUGCUGGUGGCUGUGCAAAAAACUGGGAAAGGAUAUGGAGCGACCACAGGAGUAUGAUGAUCCCAACACGGUGGCUGCGAAUAUUAUUAAAAUGCUGGGAGAGAUUGAUGUCCCUGUGGAUUUUCAACCCAAUAAACUCAUACGUGGAGCGGGACCCAUUUGCCUGAUGGUCCUGGAUGUCCUAUCCACGCAGGCCUGCAAAGUGGCCAAAGUGGGCUACCAAAAGCUGCAUAUCGCCCAGGAGGAGGAGUUCCUGGGCGAUUAUCUUGAGGACAAUGCCGAGAUCAUAUUGGAGAAACUGGAGGACGAGCAGAACGCAGCCGCCUUGAGUGAUGACAGCGACAUGGAGUUGGAGGCGCAUAAUUUCAGGCAACUUAACUGGUUAAAUCGACCGCAGAAAAAGUCCAUUGGGGAUGUUAAUCUCGAUGAGCGGAACCAGGAAUUGGAUGCGAGGAUGAGCGAUCAUCAGGAGUGGCGCCUGGAAUUGGAAAGGGUUUUGCCGCAUCUCAAAGUUUUCGUUAAGGCCGAUGCUCGCGAUUGGAGGACUCACAUCAGUCAGAUGGAUGCUCACGUAGACAUCAUAUCGGAAACAUCCGAGAUCGCCGAGGUUCAGCUAAAAAAACUCAACAGCGAGUUCACCUUCAGCUUGGAGAAAAUCGAGAGUCGCGAAAAGCAUUUGAAUAAUGAGCUCCAGCCCCUGAUUCAGCAGUUCAAGGAACUUUCUAUCGAGCUGUCCACCAUUCAGUCUGCCCAAAAUCAACUGCAGGCGGAUACGGAGAAGCAAAUGGCGGAGCUAAAUGAGGUCAUGAUGGAGCAGGAGCUCAAAAAGGAGGAAAUGGAGAGACGUGGACAGGUGAUGUCCGAUGGCAGUUCGGUGCAGCAGAUCAGGAAAUCGAUCGCCAAGUUGAAGGAGGACAUUGCGCAACUGAAUUUGGAGGUGGCCCUGCUGGUGCAUGCCCACGAUCAGGACAUUGUGGUGCGGCAGUUGAGCCAGAACCAAACCACCGACCUGACAAACAACCCAUAAAAUUGAAAACCCAACUGAUAAGGAACUGCUUAGCAUACUA